AUGUCUUCACGGCAUAGGGUGCGAAAGACUACGCAGCGUCCAGGAUACCUACUAGAAUGCGUUGCAGAGCGCGUGGCAAGGCGUAUACGAGGUGAUAAAAACCUCUUUGGGUUAUUCCUGGACAAUGUGACAGACAAGGUGGUUGAGGAACGGCCUAUGGACGAGGAUCAGGUAUCAUCGCCGGCCGAGUCGUCCAACGCUAGCGAGGACCUAGAAGAAAUCCCCCCAAGUGCCUGA